AUGAUAACUAACACCGAGUUCGAUGUGCCCGUAGAUUGGUUAUAUAAAGGCAAGAGUAGGCGGAAAACGAAUACUAAGGCAUCGAGGCCUUCUACGUCGCCAGCAUCCUCUUCAUCUAAGUCCACUUUAAAAAAUGGAGAAAAUAGCACGAGUGGCAACAGGACUAGCAAUGAUAAGCCUCGUGCGAGGUCCUCAUCGGUAUCUAAUGCAGCACUUUCUAAUAUCGAGAAACCAGAUUUGGAGAGAAACAAUGGCAAUAUGUCUGCGUCGGACACUGAUAACAUACCAUUACUUACUCCUAUUAAUAGUGGUAACCGAAGCGAUUCUGCCGACAUUGAUAAUUUGGAUACCGUGGACGCUAUAGAUGUUAUAGAUAAUGAUGACAACAGAUCUGGUACUCAAUUUGUAAGAAAGAAGCGCUCCACCUCUAUAUCCAAUGCUGUGGUCUCGUCCAAACUAAGGUUGGCAAACCCGAGCAUAAACGCCACCGCGGCUGCUUCUGUUGGCAAGGGGAAGCUCCCACUAAUUUCUUCACCGUCGAAUGCUACUAUCAAGAGAAGUAACUCAACUAAUGGAGAAAAAUCCAAAAGGUCAAUUUUCGGGUCUCUGUUCGGCAAAAGAUCUACCUCUUCUUCUGCUUCCACCGCUAAAAAACCAUUACCUGUUGUUAAUACUAGCACCCCUGCGAAUGAGCCUAACGACGCUACAAAAAUUGGUACUUCUGACCAACGUGCGAAAGAGCUUUCAUCACCAAUGAGAGGACCGGCUCCAACAGCUAGCAAACCGCCUACUCCUGUGUCACCAUUACCAUCAGUACUUCCCUCCCCUGCACUUACAGUAAAAGAUUUAUCUACGGUUUCAUUGAAAAGGGUAUCGUUUGCCGUCGAUAAAUUCGAAUCCGACCCUCCUCAACAACUUCCUUCAAGAACUCCAAAAAAGGGGAAUAUUCUUAUCCCAGAUGACAUGGUAAGCGAGAUUCCUUCUAUUUCUGUGGGCAUUUCCAGUAGCAAUCAAUCGGCGAAGUCGACCAAUUCUAACAUUAAGGGGCCGUUGUACACGAAGAAUUCUAAAGAGUAUAUACUGGCCUUGGAAAACCAAAAGCUAGCUCUAAGGGAGGCUGCUAAGCAUCAGCAAGAAGCUCAUUUUGCUGCUAAUAGAAUAGCCUUUGAAGUGGCUAGCUUUAAAACCGCGUCGGACGCAGGCGGUAAGCUUACCGCAAAGUCAUCAAAAGACACCAUUACAAAACAAAGUGAAGAGGUGCCACCACCAAACGUGGAAACUGGCCAGGAGUUCGAGAAUAAUAAGCUUGCAGAAAGCCUUUCAAAAGCUGGCAUUGAUAAGCCCAUUCACAUGCAUGAGCACUAUUUCAAGGAACCUGAUCAAGAUAACUGUCAAGACGGUGAUUCCAUGGAAAACAAUGAGGUCACAUUGGACGUUAUUUACACGAGGUGUUGCCAUUUAAGGGAAAUUUUACCUAUUCCAUCUACUUUAAGACAAGUAAAGGAUAAGACUGCUCCCUUACAAAUAUUGAAGUUUCUAAACCCUAAGCCUACGUUGAUUGAUAUCCUUUCAUUUUGUGAUUUCAUAACCAUUGCUCCCAUUCACACAAUAGUUUUUGAUAAUGUUGCUUUAAACCAGGAUAUGUUCAGGAUAAUCAUCUCUGCCUUAGUCAACUCCACAGUUCUAGACAAAUUGAGCUUAAGAAAUGUACGAAUCGACCAAGAUGGGUGGAAACUACUGUGUAAGUUCCUUUUGCUAAACAAAUCAUUGAACAAACUGGACAUUUCUCAAACGAAAGUCAAAUCUGACCUCGCUGAAUCACUGUAUCGCCAUAAUAUGGAUUGGGAUUUAUUUACUGACGUAUUAUCGCAGAGAUGUCACAAACCUUUGGAGGAAUUGUUAUUGAAUGGUAUUCAGUUCAACAAGAUUCCUUACUCAUGCUUCGCACGUUUGUUGACAUCCUUUGCCACCCAAAAAAACUUCCCAGAAUCGGGCAUCAGGCUUGGCUUGGCAGGUGCCACUACUUCCAAUAUCUCCCAGGAUUGUCUGAAAUUCAUCUUCAAUUGGAUGUCUCAGUAUAAUGUCCAAGGUGUGGAUCUAGCCUUUAAUGAUUUAUCUACCAUGGUUAAGUCAAUGGUCGGUAAAUUGUCUGCCCUAUCGUAUAAUAACUUGAGAUAUUUCAUCUUGAACAGUACCAAUAUUUCGACUUCUUACGAUUUAGCUUUGCUUUUGAAAUACCUUUCGAAGUUACCUAACUUGAUUUUUUUGGAUUUGAGCAAUUUGCCACAAUGCUUUCCCGACAUUUUACCCUACAUGUACAAGUAUUUACCAAGAUUUCCGAACCUGAAGAGGAUACAUUUGGAUAGCAAUAAUUUGACGUUAAAAGAACUAGCCGUCGUUUGUAACAUUUUGAUUAAGUGCAAAUCACUCUCGCAUGUGUCGAUGACUAAUCAAAACGUUGAAAACUUCUAUUUAAUGAAUGGUGGGGACUCACCUGUUCAGCAAACUAACACAGAUGGAGAAUCAGAUAGCUCUUGUGUAUUGGACGUUAAGGGUCUGUUUGCUAAAAACAGUUUUUCAUCUACGCUUUACGCAUUUGCGAGAGACUCUCCCAACUUGAUUGGUUUGGAUUUUGACUAUGAUUUAAUAUCGGAAGAGAUUCAAUCAAGAAUAGCGCUGUGCUUGAUGAGAAAUAUGAGACGGACCAUGGAUUCGACUUUCCAAUUAGAUGAAUUGGAUUCGCAGGAUGAUUUACUAUUCGAUGGCUCUUUAGUUACUAUGACCGCUGAAAGCGUCCUAGAAAAACUGAACUUGUUGAGCGAUAAGAACAUAAAGGUUAAGAAAGAUACCACGAAAAGAUACUUGCUGAAAAAAUAUAUCGAAAAGUUCCACAUUUUGCACCAUAAUGUUCAGCAUACAAUAGAUUCUAUGUUCGAAAAGAGGAAAUCUGGUGAACUACCAUUACAAGAAAAGGAAAAUCUUGUAAGGCUGCUACUUUUAGAACAAAACUUAUGCAACAUACUUGAAUUGUUUUCGCACAACCCAAAUCUGAAUGAUGUCCUGGGAUCCGGUAGGGAUGAUUCCAAGGAAAGCGUUGACUCAUAUGGCGAAGAUUCAAAAUUACCAGCAUUAAAGCACGUUGAAUCCGGUUACCAUGUCCCUGAAGAGAAAAUACAACCUGAGAAUGAUGUAAUCACAGCAAGGCCACAUUUAAUGGCAACCGAUUCCGGUAAAACCAUCGAUGUUUUCACAGGUAAACCGCUGGUGUUCAAGAAUUCAUCGUCGAGUACUUCUGCAGGUUGUAAAAAGCAGGAAGAAGAAGAAGGUGAAUUACAUAAAUGGGGUUUCUUUGUUCAACAGCAGAGGUCUUUAUAUCCUGAAAAUGAAUCAACAAGGCAAACACCGCUGCAGUCACGCCAUAUGCCUAGCAACACACAAAUUGUUGAUAAGUCAACAUCAUCUUCUUCAGUUUCAGCUUUCAAUAAUGAAACGGCUGCCACUAGUUUAUUUAGCCCAGCUAAUCCGAAGAUUUUGCCAAAGAUUCCAUCAGGUGCUGUGUUAAGAUCAGCAAUUAUGAAGGCUAAAGGUAUUGAUUCCAUCGAUGAUUUGAUUCAGAACGUCAAUUCCAACAACGUAGAAUUGGAAAACAUUUAUGGUGAAUCCAUUCAGAAUAGCGCUUCGACACUUACUUCCGGCGUGGAUUCCGAUGUUUCCGCGCCUAAUCCCGACAAAGAAUCCUUAGAAACAUUGCCUGCAGACUCGACUGACGAUCCUAAUUGUGAAGUCAAAGUCACUGCUACCUACGAUAAACUGUUAAAUAAUUUGUCAAUGGAGAGAUCAAUCAGACUGUGA